AUGACACAGGUGCUCCGGUUUUUUCUUUCUCCAGCACUAGUUAUAGUUUCCCAUCUGGUGCUGCUGCUGUCCACAGCCUCUGUCUCCAGCAUGGCUGCUUCAUCACCCCUGCCGGCUCCACACUGCCCUAGCAAGUGCGGCAGCAUAGAGAUUCCCUACCCAUUUGGCAUCGGCGCCGAUUGCGCUUGGCCAGGUGAGGGUAACUUCACCAUUGCUUGCAACCAUAGUUUUAGCCCUCCAAGGCCAUACACUAACGAAAACGUGGAGAUUACGAGCAUCUCGGUAGAGACCGGGGAGAUGCAUGUCUACGCAAUUGUUGCGUACGUCUGUUACAACUCGUCCGACACCAUCGAACAAGACCAAGGGCAAAUCGGAUAUUCACUCGACCCGCCGUUGCUAGUCUCGCCUACCGAAAACGUCUUCACGGCCAUUGGGUGUGACACACUGGCGUUCCUGGAAGGUGGGUCCAACUACUGGACCGGCUGCAUCAGCUACUGCGCGAGCUUGAAAGACUCGGCUCUAGACGGAGACCCUUGCACAGGAUUGGGCUGCUGCCAGUCGUCAAUCCCAGGCAACCUUAGCACGAUAGAGAUUGGUUGGAACACCGACAAAAAUACCCAAGCCAAUAAUUCUGCGUGGAACUACAGCCCAUGUAGCUAUGCCUUUGUGGCCUACAAAGACUGGUACAACUUCAGCCGGCGAGACCUCAAUGGCAAGGAAAAAGACAGCUUCAGCAAUCGAGUUGGAGACAGAAGUGCCACGUUGGUUCUUGAUUGGGCCAUCAGGGGUAAUGGGUCCUGCGAGAUGGUGCCCGGUAAACUGACAGCUCCAGCAUGUGCCAGUGCAAACAGCUACUGCCAAGACCUCAACGCCACACGAGGGGGUGGAUACCAAUGCAAGUGCUCGGACGGAUACAUGGGCAAUCCAUACAUCGUCAAUGGUUGCACAAAUAUUGAUGAGUGUGAACUUCGAAAAUCAAAUCCUGCAAAGUACGAAAAACUGUAUCCAUGUGGUGAUUAUACCAUAUGCCAUGACACGCCAGGCAAUUACAAGUGCAAAUGCAAAUUCGGGCACAGAGGAUAUGGUAAAAGUGAGAAGGGGUGUCAGCCCAUAUUUCCUGGUUAUGCAAUAGCAAUAGUAGUAACAUUUGUUGCCAUCGUCCUAGCAUUUUUGGUGUUUGUGUUGCUUCAGCGACGCCAGCGUAGUAAGCGUUUCAACAAAAACGGUGGUGAAAUACUGAAGAUGAUGGGCAUUAAGAGCUUCAGUGAAAAAGACAUAAAGAAGAUUACAAACAACUACAAAAGCUACAUUGGAAACGGACACUUCGGCAAACGCCUGGACAUUGCCAUUGGUUCCGCACAAGCUCUCGCCUACAUGCACUCGCAUGGUGAGGAUAGCCAUAUCCAUGGGGACGUCAAACCGGGCAACAUUCUACUCGACAACAACCUCGUGCCCAAGGUCGCUGAUUUUGGGUCAUCAAAGCUAUUGUUGAAGUCCAGUAACGCGUACGUGAAGGACGUUAAGGCGGAUUGGAGCUACAUCGACCCAGUCUAUGUGAAGACCAAGCGGUUCUUAGCCAAGAGUGACGUCUACAGCUUUGGCAUGGUGCUCCUAGAACUCAUCACUAGGAAGAGAGCAAAGUACAAUGAGAACCAAAGCCUCCCCAUAGACUUUGUCAAGCGCUGCAAAGAGGACGGCAAUGCAAGAAGGAUGUAUGACAAAGAAAUCUUUCCGGGUGGUGCUCAUUCUCCUGUUUACAUGGAUUGUAUUGACAGGAUUGGCGUGCUUGCGGUCAGAUGUCUCAAAGAAGACACCGACGAGAGACCCACCAUGGCAGAAGUUGUAGAGGAGCUUAAACAUGUGAAGUUAAUAGCCUCCGGAAGACCAUGA